GGUCACACUGCUUGUGUAAUAAAAACAAGACAAAAUUGUUAAAAAAUUUCCGUAAAUGGUGUGGUCUGGUUAAUUAAUUGAAUUAAUUGUACCAAACAGAUUUCGUAUUGCACCGAGGUGCAACCAGUAAUAAAGGAACCCACAAAUGAGCGCGAGGAGCAGUCUGAAGUUGAGACAGGGAUUGCCCGAUAAUUAACCCAUGUUGCCAGCCAUCAUUUUCCGGCAGGUGCAGCGGCCACUGCAUCAUGGAGCCGCCACUUUGGAGCACGUUUUGGGAGUCGGUGGGAGUAGCUUUGUGAACUGCCUGAAUCGCCAUGCCGCCGCCACCGGAUUUAUUCGGAUUUCUUUCCUGGACAUCAAGCGCCGGAGGAACUGGGAAUUGGCCAGACUUCGUCUUUAUGCCGAUGCCAAGAAGCAAUCCCUCCACUUGCGCACCCUGCAGGGUCGCCAUCUCCUGCAAGGAGUCAUCGAUAGGAAGAACUUCCUCGUGGAUGAUAUCCGGGAGGCGAAGCACAAAGUCCAGGAGCGGGUUCGCGAGAAGAUUGACGAGAUCCGUGAGGAGCGCGAGAAUAUCAUGACCAUACCCAACAUGCUGACCAUCAGUCGCGCCUUCCUAUCGCCCUACAUUGGAUAUGUGAUCGUCCAGGGCGACUUCACUCUGGGCAUGAGUCUGUUGGCCAUCGCCGGGGUCACCGAUCUGUUGGAUGGACAGAUCGCCCGCCGGUGGCCCUCGCAGGCGAGCAAGGCGGGCUCCUUCUUGGAUCCCAUGGCCGACAAGUUACUGAUGGGCUCGCUGGUCAUCUCGCUGUGCUACACGGAUCUGUUGCCCGUGUGGCUUACCGGCAUCGUUGUGUUCCGGGAUGUGUUUCUUUUAGGAGCUGGAUUUGUUAUACGCUACAUUAGUCUGCCACCGCCGAAAACCUUUUCGCGCUAUUUCGAUGCCACCCAUGUUACUGCUCAACUGGAGCCCACUUUGCUCAGCAAGAUCAACACGGGCGUGCAGUUGGCAACCAUUGGCCUAAGUUUGGGAGCUCCUAUUUGGAACUAUUUGGAUCAUCCCGCUUUGCAUGGCCUUUGGUAUCUGACUGGCCUAACUACAGCUGCCACUGCCCUCAGCUACGUCCUGAAUCGGCAUAAUACCUUUAAGAUUAUCCAGAAGAAGACGUAAGACCGGACAUUUCCGUUGUACAUCUGAAAACUAAAAGGAGUAGUUGUUCUCCUUAAGCAAUGAUUAGUAUGUAUUGUGUUUUCUUAAUGAUUACCAUCUAAAAUUAAAUAAAUCUAUUUUGUUAACAA